AUGGCGGACGCGCUGUACAACGACUACAAGAACAACUGCCAGGAGUACAUCAAGACGGUGUCCUACACGGAGAAGAUCCUCCAGGACAACAGCUCAGAUAAGCACAAGCUGCUGAACAUCUACGAGAAGGCCAUCAAAAGUGCAGAAAACAUGUUCAAGAGGAUGCAGCUGGAAGUGGAGGCUAAUUCACUCAUAGGGAACAAAGACGCCGAUCUUAACGACCUGCACAGAGAAAUAACGGAGUAUAAAGGAAAGUUAAAUCUACUUAAGCAAAGCUUCCUCGCCAAAGAGAGGGAAAAAAACGAAAUGAGCAACAGCUAUGAUGAUCGAGUGCUCCUACUGAGCGAUGUAGAUCUGCUCGAGCAGGGAGACAUUUACAUUAACCAGUCGAAAAUUCUAUUAACAAAUUCAGAGCACAUCAGUAAUGACGUUCUGCAAAAUCUUAGCAGACAGAGAGACUGCAUAAAAAAGGGACUAUACAAUAUGCCUUUUAUUACCAACAAAUUAGACCAGGCAAAAUAUCUGAUGCAUUUGCUGAAGAAAAAACAACUCUUAAAUAAGUACCGACUGUACAUUAUCUUCAUUUUGAUAUUCUUAACAUUCGUGUUCGUCUCUGGAGUUAAGUAUAGGAGGUAUGUGAAGGGCCUAAAUCGGGAGCUUACGCAACCGGCCGGCAGUCCUCUUCACAAUUUUAUGGGCAACGCUAAGGAGGUCAAGGGAGACCAGACCCCCGCCAGUCCUCAGACAGUUGGCGCGGCGCAGCCAGACAACAACCAGAAGGGUAAACCGCAAAACGGGAAGGAAGCGAAUAUGAUUGUCUACGAUUUUAUCGAGAAGAAAAAAGACACCAUGGGGGGGAGCAGCACAGUAGGGGGGGGCGGCACCGCAGGGAGUGACGCGCAGGGCGGUAGUGCCAUUACGCGGCCCCCAAACGGGGAAGGCGGCAGUAGUAGCAUUGGCAGUAGUAGCAGCGGCAGUGGCAGUGGCAGCAGUGGGGACGAAUCCACCCGCAAGGAAAGACAGACGGAGAGUAGCCCCCCAGGGGGGCACGCAAAGCGACGCAGCAAGGGUGAUAAGAAGGAGGUGAACCAAAACGGACAUGCCGAAAAAGGUCAAACCGAAAAAGAUCAAAUGGAAAAGGAAGAGCCACACCGGAGUGAACCCCUCCGUGAGGGAAGCAAAGUAGGGCCGAAUUAA